AUGAAAGUGUGGGGAGCUCACGGAGAGUUCUGCGCGCGACACCAAUGGGAGGUGAUCGUGGCUACCUUAGCCCUGCUGGCCUGCGCUGCCAGCGUUGAGAGAAAUGGCCCAGGGAAUAGAUCAGAGCACUGCGCAGGGUGGGCCCGCGCCUGCCCAGGCCUCGAAGCCGAGUACCAAGCUGCCGACGCAGUUAUAAUGACCUUCGUCCGCUGCGCAGCCCUCCUAUACGCCUACUAUCAAAUCUCCAACCUCCACAAAAUAGCUUCGAAGUAUCUUCUCAUCAUCGCCGGGGUGUUUUCGACUUUUGCCAGCUUCAUCUUCACCUCAGCCCUAGCCAGUUUGUUCUGGAGUGAGUUGGCGAGUAUAAAGGAUGCGCCGUUCCUAUUUUUGUUGGUCGCUGAUGUGGCUAGGGGCGCGAGGAUGGCGAAGGCUGGCUGGUCUGCUGGAGAAGACCAAGGAAAGAGGGUUGGGAGAGCGUUGUCUUUGCUUGGACCCACGGCUACGUUAGACACACUUCUCGCUGUCUUAUUAGUAGGAGUCGGGGCGUUAUCUGGCGUCCCUAGAUUAGAACAUAUGUGCACAUUUGCCUGCCUAGCUCUGUUGGUAGACUAUUUAGUAUUUGUGACAUUUUACCCCGCCUGUCUAUCUUUAGUAGCGGACUUCGCUUCAGGGCGAAAAGAAAUAUCACCUGACAAUCCAUUCUCGGAAGCUGAUUUAAAACCGAACCCUGUUGUUCAAAGAGUAAAGAUGAUAAUGGCCGCUGGUCUCUUAUGUGUACACCUGACCAGUAGAUGGCCUUGGAGUGUCGAUAACGGGAUCAUAGAAGGUCCCACAGACACAUUAACCCCUACCCCGAACGACAACGUCCUCCUACAUUCCUACGUGAAAUGGUUCUCAGUCUCCGCCGACUACAUAGUCAUAGCGACACUACUAUGUGCCUUAAUUAUUAAAUUUAUGUUCUUCGAGGAGCAUCGAAGCUGGGUCAUUGACAUGAAUGACAUGACCGUGAAAGAAGUAAUUCAAGAGCAAGCAAGAAUUAAGCCGAAAUUCUCAGUUGGAGAUGAUUCUAACUCUGACGUGUCUACUCAGACAGAAGGAGUUUCUGAAGAGGAGUGGCCUACUCUCUCUCCAAGCUCUUCUGCAGCUAAAUUGAACGCGAAGAAGCGUCCAAUGGCUGAAUGCCUCGAAAUAUACAGAUCUGAAGGAGGCUGCAUCUCACUUAGUGACGAGGAAGUGGUGAUGUUGGUAGAACAAUCACAUAUACCUCUACAUCGGUUGGAAGCGGUGUUGGGUGACCCACUCCGCGGCGUUAGAUUACGCAGGAGAGUGGUCGGUACAAGAUUCCAGACCGAGCUAGCUAUAAAACAACUGCCUUACUUAAAUUACGAUUAUUCUAAAGUGCUGAAUGCGUGUUGUGAAAAUGUGAUUGGUUAUGUUGGAGUACCGGUGGGAUACGCAGGUCCAUUGGUCGUUGACGGUAAGGCCUACAUGAUCCCAAUGGCGACCACAGAAGGAGCGUUAGUUGCUUCUACGAAUAGAGGAGCCAAGGCUAUCGGUCCGAGGGGUGUAACGAGUGUGGUAGAAGACGUAGGUAUGACGAGAGCGCCCGCCAUCAAACUGCCAAACGUUGUCAGAGCACAUGAGUGCAGACAAUGGAUAGACAAUAAGGACAACUACGCCUUAAUCAAAGAAGCCUUCGACUCCACAUCGAGGUUCGCUCGCCUGCAAGAGAUCCACAUAGGCGUGGAUGGGGCAACGCUGUACUUAAGAUUUAGAGCGACCACAGGAGACGCCAUGGGCAUGAACAUGGUCUCAAAGGGCGCAGAAAACGCCUUAAAACUCCUCAAAAACUACUUCCCAGACAUGGAAGUUAUUAGUUUAUCAGGAAACUAUUGCUCUGAUAAAAAAGCAGCCGCUAUUAACUGGGUCAAAGGUAGAGGGAAGCGAGUGGUCUGUGAGACUACUAUAACAAGUGACAAUUUGAGGACGAUCUUCAAAACUGACGCUAAAACUCUGGCGCGGUGCAAUAAGAUUAAGAAUCUCUCAGGGUCGGCUUUAGCCGGGUCCAUUGGUGGUAAUAAUGCACACGCAGCGAAUAUGGUGACCGCUAUUUACAUAGCAACAGGCCAAGACCCAGCUCAGAAUGUAACCAGCUCGAAUUGCUCCACAAAUAUGGAAUGCUGUGGGGAAAAUGGUGAAGAUCUUUACGUGACUUGCACCAUGCCGUCUUUGGAAGUGGGUACUGUCGGUGGGGGCACGAUUUUGACAGGCCAAGGCGCUUGUCUGGAGAUUCUAGGGGUGAAAGGAGCUGGGGUUCGUCCAGCUGAGAACUCGGCAAGACUAGCUUCCCUGAUUUGCGCCACCGUUUUAGCUGGCGAAUUAAGCCUAAUGGCUGCUCUCGUCAAUUCAGAUCUUGUCAAAUCUCAUAUGAGACAUAACCGCUCUACGGUAAACGUACAAGCUGUUAACAUUCAAACAGAUACUAUAACUUUAAAAGUACCGACGUUAUAA